AGAAUAUCUUUCUAACUGCUCAGACGGAAGAGAAACAGACCGAAGAGGGAGUGUUGUUUUGACAGAUGCUGCUGUAGUUUGUUGUUAGGUUUUCCGGCCGUAAAUUGAAAUGUAACAAAGAACGAUUGUCGUAAAAAGAGUAAUUCGGUACUCCCCAAAUCCAAGAUGGGCUCAAUCGUGCCAGAAGACCAUGUCUACGUUACGCCAAGAAGAGCUGUCACUUCCAUGGCCGACAUGGAAAAAUGGAAAAAAUCAAAAGCAUACCAUGAGUACCUUGGCUUUAUAAAAACACUAAACGAUGCUGUCAGGGGUAAAGCUCUCUCUUAUGAGAGUUCAAAGUCUGAUACAAUAUGUGGUAUAUUAGAUUUACUGGAUACGUUGGAUAAAUGGAUAGAUGAAAUUCCACCACAGGUGCAAGCUCAGAGAUUUGGCAACAAAGCAUUCAGAACUUGGUUUGCAAGACUUCAAGAAAAAGCAGAACACCUGCUGCAGGCAGCCUUACAACCCAAGUUCCACCGGGCUAUUCCUGAAAUUGUGGUGUAUUUAGUUGAAGGCUUUGGAAAUUCAACUCGAAUUGAUUACGGUACAGGUCAUGAAAUGGCAUUUCUUAUGUUGCUAUGUUGCUUGUUCAAGAUUGGAGCCUUUGUUGAAACUGACACUGUGGCAGUUGUUACUUGUGUUUUUAAUAGGUACUUAACCUUGGUCCGCAAACUUCAGCUGACAUACAGAAUGGAACCUGCAGGAAGCCAUGGUGUGUGGAGUUUAGAUGAUUAUCAGUUUGUCCCUUUUAUUUGGGGAAGUUCUCAGCUUAUAGAUCAUCCACAGAUUGAGCCUAAAUCUUUCUUAGUAAAUGAAGUUGUUGAGGCCUAUUGUGACGAUUACUUAUUUUUAGGGUGUAUUAAAUUUAUUAAUCAGGUAAAAACUGGGUUAUUUGCGGAGCAUUCAAACCAGUUAUGGAAUAUCAGUGAUGUUCCCUCAUGGUCCAAAAUAAAUUCUGGUCUGAUCAGGAUGUAUAUUGCAGAAGUGCUGGAGAAAUUUCCUGUUGUACAACAUGUUUUAUUUGGUUCAUUAAUGUCCAUUGAAGCAGCCCCCUUAAGCCAUUUCUCUGAAAGAGGUGUAGGAUCAAUGAGGCCCAGGCCACCUGACUCAUUCCGUGCCCCACCACCACCACCCAAAAAUUAAACCCAGACAAAGCUAAAUGCUAUUUUAUAUUUUACAUAAAUUUAUACCUUUGCAUUUACCAAAUUAAAUUUUAGAGCUAUUUCAGGAUCAUUUGUACAUAUGCUUCAACAGAUGCAAUACCAAAAAAGUAAUGAUUCUCAUGCACUCACUUUAAAUUUGUAAAAUUUCUUACCAAAAUUGCGACAGUGUUAGAUACUGUAAAAUAUGUAUUUUAAUAAAUAACUUAUUGUAUACAAAUCUUAGUACGUUACUUACUUUUCGUGUCUGUGUUAAUUUUUGAGUUUCUGUGAAUGGUGUUGAGUAUUACAGUUGAGAUGCUGACAAGGGCAAGAAUGUGGAAUGUAAGUUAUUCUCCUGUUAUUACUGCUGUUUUUCAGCAUCUUGAAAAUGUUGUGAGAACCAUCCUUUCUGGAAAAUAAAAUCUGAUCUACCAGAGUAUAAAUAGGGCGGACAUACAAUGGUAAACAUUGUUAUCCAGCAGACAUCAAGUAUUAUUUUUCUUUGCGUUGUUGAUUCCAUUUAUCUUACCUUAAAAAGCAAAUCUGUUAAGUUCUAUAAGUAAAUCUGCUGUAACUCUGUACAUAAUACUUGCACAUGUGCCAUGGCACCAGGCAACAGCAUUUGCAUGGGCUGGCUACCAGAGGCCGCCUGUGAUGGGUCUCAUGACUUCUGCACACAACGCGGCAUCUACUGUGCCUUCUAUCGGAGCCUUGUAAGCGCAGUGCAGCAGGCACUCACCCUACUAUUGUGUUCAUACUUAUUGUGAGCAACUGCUUGUAUCAGUACAUGGAUAGUUUCUGUGUUUAUCUCAGUGUUCUUAAUUGUUGUUCACUUGCAUGUGGAAGAAGAAUAAAUUUUGGUUCAUUGUGGCCGUGUUGUUUGUCUCUUUCGGUAUGGUACAACUGGUGACAAGUGUGGUGUUCACUUCUGCGUGUUCAGUCUAUUUGGUUUUUCUGUUGCUUCUUGUGUCCAUGAAGGUUUGUCCAAUCACUCCUUGAGCAGCAGCAUGCCUUUACAAUUGCUAUCACAAACUUGUUAGCCACAUUGACUAUGCAGGCUUCCAGGCCAUUGGUGUACUCACUGCUAUCUCCCCCCCCCCCCCCCACCCCCCCCACCCCCCACUUACGACAAUGUGGCUGAAGUCAGGGAGGCUUAUGAGAAGUGGCUUCAGCCACACUUCCUCAUUUUGGUAUCACUGAUAAACUUGUGUUUGUUCCUUUCUUGAAUUUCUCCUCAAAUCUAAAAGUUGUUGUGCUGUUAGCCUGCACUGCAUUUGUUCAACAAAAUAUGUUUGUUGUACAGUUUUCACUGUAAAUGCACAUGUCUUUCUAGCAUGUGUAAAGUCCUACCAUUGUCAUUAAAAGUCCCACCUACCAGGCAUGUUGGCUGAAUUCAACUACUUCAGUUGCAAAUGUCAGUUUGUUACCAUUGCUCAUGAUGAUCCCUUUGCUAAUUCUGUGGUCUAUGAUGCCAUCAUUUGGUUGCCUCCUGACAAACUGAUGCACCAAAGUGCACUACCGUGCAAGGAAUCAUCUUUGGCUGGAGUGUUACAUAUUGCUCAAUCUUUCGACGUAUCUCGUGCUGGUAGAUAUCAAAUUGAGACAAGACCUGUUCCUGGUCACUGGGUAUUGGUUAUUUCUCAGGAUGACAAUGACAUGGCAGUGGUCAAAUGCAGCCACUGCACUGCAGUGGACAAUGAUGUAGUUAACAGCCACUACAGAAAUUGCAGCACUCCACGGUUGCAUCUUGUCCAUACUGUUCCAUGGAACGUGACAGGGCGGGGUGUCCUAAGUGCUGGGCGAAUUGCAACAACAGUAGGAAACAGGGUAUAUAGUGUCUGUGUGUCAUUCCCACCCCUAUCAUGCAGACAUAAACAUGGAUGUUAAUUGUGUGACCCCAAUGCUUGCAAAUCGUAACAAAGUGUUUGUCAAAGUGUGAGUGGUGGCCAAAUGCUUGGACUACAAGUGACUUUACAGAUCUUCCAAACUUAAGUUGAUUUGGGAUCUCUGGAGGUGCA